CACAUCCUCACAAAUCGCAAACACAGCUCCAUCCAGCACCUGCUCAGCAGCGAUCCUCAGAGAGUUCAGCAUGUUUGCACACAAGUUGACACACAUCAUCGCCGUCGCGGCGCUUCUGCUGGUGUCGGCGUCCGCUCAGGAUAAGCCCGUCGAUCAAGCGCAGCCAGCAGCCGCCGCUGGUGACAAGCGCUCGUUCGCUCGUGAUUGCGCCAAUAGCUACUCGACCACCUGCCUCAAGCUGGAUAUCGUCUCGUGGGUGGAUAAGCUCAACGAGAACGACGACUACAGUGUGGUACCGGGUGUGACGGUGGUGCGCGAAGAUGGCUCCGCCCGCUCCAACACCGCCGACAUGGUGGCUGAGUUGGCCCGUGACUUCCCCAAUGAUCCAGACGCUCGUCUCGACGCUUUCCUCAUGAAGAAAGUGACCAACUACCUCAACACACACUCAAUCAAGAUGAACCUUUUCGAUGCCCAAUCUGCUGUGGAGUCCGCCCGUAAAGGAUCCGGUUUCGGUGGUACCAAGGGAGGCGGCGGUGGCAAGAAGGGCGGUAUGGGCGGUAUGCUCUUGGCUGCUGGUGCCAUGAUGAAGGGAACCCUCUUCGCGCUCGCUCUCGGUGCAUUGGCCGCUUUGGCCGGUAAGGCUUUGAUGACAGGUUUGAUCUCCCUCAUGUUGUCCGCCAUCAUCGGUCUGAAAUCCCUGGCUGGCGGCGGUCACAAACAGACCACCUACGAAAUUGUCUCCAAACCGGUGUACUCGCACUCCAACACACACUCCAGCUCCCACGAAGAGCACGGCGGCCAUUCAGCUGGUUAUUCCGGCUACGGCAGGAGCUUCGACAUGCCCCUUCCUCUGGGACUCCAACCCGGCUACCAGCCACCCCAGUGAGUGAUGAUGCGUCCACCAAACGUACGCCCUCUUCAGCGGGGCGAUAUUUAUAAAUUAUUUUAAUUAAAUUAUUUAUUUAUUAACGUUUCCAAUGCGACAACACACUCUGUCUAAUCUUGCGAUCACACCAGUCUUCGAUCAUUUCUGUUGUAUAAUUUUUGUAUUGUUGUACCAAUGCCGAUGAUAAAG